AUACCCAGCAACUUACCAAACGGCCAGGUCCACGGAAGCUGCAGUUUUUGGCAACGCAAGAACCAAGUUCACGCAAAACAACAAACACUUGUUUCACUGUUUCACUUGAUGUUGCCAUAAAACAACCAACCAACAACAAACAGCAAAUGAAGUCUACAACAGCAAGAGAGUUGUUAUCGAGGAACGAAAGCUUGGGCGACAGCACCUCCAGCUUUGGUGAAAGCUUCAGCAGCUUGGAUAUCAGCACGGACACUCUUGUCUCGGAUGUUUCGUCGGCGACUACUGCCACCAUCAGAAGAAGGGGCAAGUCGUCAAGACUGCCCAAUUCCACCGUCAGAGCGGCCAUCGCCUUUUUCGCCCUGGUCGCGACCGUCUUUAAUCUUUCCAACCAAAGCUAUUGGAGUCUCAUGCUGAAAUCGGCAAGACGAAUGGGUGAUAACAACCACAAUGUUACCACCACUACCACAGCACUCAGCGAGGGGCAGCAACUUGAUGGUGAGAAGGUUACCACUACCACCACAGCCAACAAGGGGAAGCAACGUGAUGUUGAUACCCAAGGUGGAAUUGCUACCAAAAAGAAAAAGGAAACGGCUCGGAUUUGCUUGAUGGUCAAACAUGCCGAGCGGUAUCUGAAGGAAUGGCUGGACUACAACUUUGCCAUUGGCUUUACCGACAUUCAUGUCUUGGACAACUCUCCAGAAUUCAGCUUGCACAACUGGACCUACCAAAGAGACAAACUACGGAUCGAACAGUUCAUUCCCAACGUUGUCAACAACAUCACUGACGCAGGAGAGGCCCAAAAACAGCAACAAUACGGAUACAAGCACUGCGUCGAACAAGCGCGCGCCGACAAGAUUACCUGGUUGGCAACCUUUGAUGUGGAUGAGUUUCUGGUACUCCAUCAACACGACAAUGUCCUGGACUUUAUGAGAGACACGUGUUCUGCUCGCCAACAACACAAUGGUUCUUCUUGUGGACAAAUCUCCAUCAACUGGUUCACCAUGGGCAGCAGCAAUCGGACCGACUAUGUCAAUGUCCCCGUCACGAGACGCUUCCAAUAUGGGCGGUUUCAAAACACUGUCAAGUCCAUUGUGGAUCCAUGGGCGGUCGCCCUGAAAGAGAAACACUUUCGUUGGUCACAUACCUUUAAACUGGCACCCCGUCGCAAAUGGUUUUCGGCCAAUGGACAACCAGUCAACAAUAGGGGAUGGAAGAUCAUGGUACACGAAGAGGGAACGUUGGACGUUGCCGCGCUACAUCAUUACAAGUACCUGUCCAAAGAAGAAUGGCAUACCAAGAAUUGCGUGCGAGGAGAUGUCAUGGGGAAACAACAAGAGUUGAAAAAGAUUUGUAAUGGACGAGCACCAGAGCCCUUUGCGGGUGAAGUCUUUAACGAUGAUGCCUGGCAAGUAUUGCGAUCACGAGUGCCUUCUUAUCAACAAUAUGACAAUGCCGAAGAGUUGGGUUAGCUAAGCCGACCAGUACAACGUUUGUGCUGAUGUUGGCGACGAUCACUCGGUUAUGUUCAUAACUAGAUAGUUACUAACUUUCUUUAGAUUUCUUUAUCCGAUAUGGU